CGGGGGGGUUUGGAGCAAAGCGGUUUGGUUGUUCGUUGCAGCGGCCUCUUCACUUCGCUCCUCGGUUGCGGCUCUUCCUUGGGCAGCAGGAGCGGCACGACGGACUAAGAAGCGGCCUAAAACUUCGGUGUCGAGUGAAAGAAGAUGGCCCGUACCAAGCAGACUGCUCGCAAAUCCACGGGAGGGAAAGCGCCCCGCAAACAGCUGGCCACUAAAGCUGCCAGGAAGAGCGCCCCCUCUACUGGCGGGGUGAAAAAACCUCAUCGCUACAGGCCCGGGACCGUUGCGCUUCGAGAAAUCCGUCGUUACCAGAAAUCGACUGAGCUGCUGAUCCGGAAGCUGCCUUUCCAGAGGUUGGUGAGGGAGAUCGCCCAGGAUUUCAAAACUGAUCUGAGGUUUCAGAGUGCCGCCAUCGGUGCGCUGCAGGAGGCUAGCGAAGCGUACCUGGUGGGUUUAUUUGAAGAUACUAAUCUGUGUGCCAUCCACGCUAAGAGAGUCACCAUCAUGCCCAAAGACAUCCAGUUGGCUCGCCGGAUACGGGGAGAGAGAGCUUAAGUGAAGGCAGUUUUUAUGGCGUUUUGUAGUAAAUUCUGUAAAAUACUUUGGUUUAAUUUGUGACUUUUUUUGUAAGAAAUUGUUUAUAAUAUGUUGCAUUUGUACUUAAGUCAUUCCAUCUUUCACUCAGGAUGAAUGCGAAAAGUGACUGUUCACAGACCUCAGUGAUGUGAGCACUGUUGCUCAGGAGUGACAAGUUGCUAAUAUGCAGAAGGGAUGGGUGAUAUUUCUUGCUUCUCAUGAUGCAUGUUUCUGUAUGUUAAUGACUUGUUGGGUAGCUAUUAAGGUACUAGAAUUGAUAAAUGUGUACAGGGUCCUUUUGCAAUAAAACUGGUUAUGACUUGAUCCAAGUGUUUAACAGUUGGGGCUGUUAAGUCUGACCAUGCAUCACUGUGAUAGAAUGGGGGCUUUUUCAAGGGUGAAGAUACAAGUCUUAACCACAGUGUAACUUAGUUUCCUAAAAAAAAAAAAAAAAAGUAAA